UGGCUUAUCAACGAUAACCUCAGGAAAAAUCAUUGUCUUUUUUGGCCAUUUUUGUUACUACUAACAACAAAUAUUUACAGACAACUUCUCUGCAAAUCAUACCUGAAUUCUCAAACUCGUACAAAUAAGGAUCACAGAACUGGUCAGAGAUGGUCAAAGGUGAGGGAGACACUACAGAUAACAAGAGAAAAGGUGCUCUUCCAAAAAUCCAGGAGGGAACAUCGGAAAGUUACUAUGAAGGUGACCAUAGUCAUGACCAUAGCAGGUUCAUGCCAUCUGUGGAGGAAUGUCGGUACCUAAACGACCAGGGGCAGCAUAUAGACUCAGAUAAGGUGCCUCAUUAUCAUCAUUACCGAACCAUCUCAGAAAGAGAGGAAUUUCAGUCCAGGAUUCGAAACGGUGCGGUCUCAAUGAAGGACAUUGAAGUGCUGCAAGAACGCUUGGAGAGAGACAACGAUAACAAUAUUUUGGCAGGAAUGUCGGACUCUAUCCAAAUGGCAGGACUUCGCAAAUCUCAACGCAAAUUGUCAGGCAUGCAGACUCUUUACAGCUCAACAGACAUCAGCGCUAGUUUGGACAAGUUUCCUGUCUUAUAUGAUCGUAAUCCUCACGAGGCAUUUGUUGAGUUGGAAGAACUUAGCAAGCACGGCGAGGAGAUGGAAUGGAAGGAGACAGCUCGAUGGAUUAAGUUUGAAGAGAAUGUUGAAGAUGGUGACCGCUGGGGAAAGCCACAUGUGGCUUCACUAACCUUCCACAGUUUGCUAGAACUACGUAAAGGCUUAGAAAAAGGGACUGUCUUGUUGGACUUGGAGAAGUUUGAUUUACCUAACAUCGCUAAGGCUGUGGUAGAGAACAUGGUGCUCUCAGACCAGCUCAAACAGAAGGACAGUAACAAGGUCCUUACGGCGCUACUGUUGCGACACAGACAUCAACAUCAACGACGUCCUUCAUCCAAGAGGAGAAAGAAGUUGGCUGUAGCAGCUGAUAACUUGGGAUUUAAUAGCCUAGCAGAGACUGGAAACGGUGUCAUUCGAAUGAAUAUGAAUGAAUCAAAUGGUGAUGUGCCAAUAACUCAGGAUAAAGUUGACAUUGAAACUGCCGGUUUGGAUGAAGAUGAGGAAAAGCAGGAGUCAGAUGUAAAAGAUAAAAUUCCUCAGGGAGCCGAAGCCACGAACGUCCUUGUUGGAACACUGGAUGAACUACAGGACCCAGUAAUGGCGUUUGUACGGCUUGCUAAAGGAGUCCAUCUAGAGGAAAUGUCAGAAGUGUCCAUACCCGUUAGGUUCCUGUUUAUCAUGUUAGGUCCAAGCUCACAUGGAGAAAUUUAUCAUCAGAUUGGGCGCUCUGUGGCCACUCUUAUGUCCGACCAGGCUUUUCAUGACGUUGCUUACCGCGCUGACUCUCGUGAAGAACUCCUGCAAUCCAUCAAUGAGUUUCUUGAAGACACUCUAGUUCUGCCACCAGGCAACUGGGAUCGAAGCGUUCUUCUUCCCAUUCUUAUUGCUCAAAGUAGAGCCAUAGCUCUCAGAAGAAAGCUGGCCAAAGCUGCUUCAUCCUCCCAUUCGGAAGGAGACCCUGCUUUGGCUCGCACAGGAACCUUCUUUGGGGGGCUUAUCCAGGACGUCAAGAGACGAGGCAAAGUUUACCUCAGCGAUUUCAGAGAUGGUUUCAAUCUUCACACUCUCCUGGCAUCUCUUUUCCUAUAUUUCGCUUUAUUUGCGACAAAUAUCGCUUUUGGAGGACUGUUUGAAGACAAAACUGAAGGCUGGCUUGGUUUGACUGAAGUGAUUUUUGCAGCUUGCGCUUGUAGUAUCCUGUUUGGGUUGUUUGGAGGGCAGCCCAUAAUGAUCAUUGGCGCCACUGGUCCAAUGUUGGUGUUCGAACAAAGUAUAUAUGAGUUUUGUAAGGCAUACGAUGUGGAGUUCCUUACUUGGCGCUGUUGGAUCGGGUUCUGGGUAAUGAUCAUCUUGUUCGGCGUGGUAGCCUUGGAGGGCUGUUUCUUGAUCAAAUACUUUACGCGUUUUACAGAGGACAUCUUUGAACUUCUCAUCUCAGCAAUCUUCAUCUACGAACCACUUGCACUGCUGAUCAAGCUUUUCAAAAAGAAUCCACUGAACAGGGUAGGGAGCGGAAAAUACUCAAGCGUGGACGAAGUCAAAGGAGAACCCAACACAGCUUUGUUGUCCACCAUCUUGGUUCUGGGAACGUUUUUCAUCGCUUUCUACAUGCGCAAGCUCAGAACAAGUCACUUCUUUGGAAAGCGGGCCCGAAGACUAGUCAGUGACUCUGGUAUUGUCAUCGCUAUGUUCAUUAUGGCUAUGAUCGAUUUUGCCCUCGGUGACAAAGUCAUCACCCAGCAUAUAUCCAUCAAUGAUCCUGUGACGGAAGGCUUCAAGCCCACGCAACACGAUAAACGAGGUUGGUUCAUCAAUCCUGGAGGCAUGAACAAAGAAAUGUCGAUGCCAUGGAUCUUUGCAGCCAUCAUUCCUGCAGUUUUUGUUGGUAUCUUGCUGUUCAUGGAAACGGAAAUGACCGGGGUGCUUUUGAGCAAGAAAGAACACAAGCUUGCCAAAGGUCCAGGGUAUAAUAUGGAUAUGUGUGUGGUGGGUAUGUUAGCUUUCGGAUGUUCCCUGCUCGGGUUGCCAUGGAUGUGCGCGGAUACAGUGCGAUCGGCUUCGCACGUGAAUGCGCUGUCCAUCUGGAGCACGUCGCAUGCUCCUGGAGAGAAGCCGCAUCUUAUUGAAGUCAAGGAGCAGAGAAUCUCGAACAUCAUAGUUCAUGUCCUGACAGGUUUGUCCAUUCUGCUUGCUCCAGGGUUGAAUGUUAUUCCCAUCCCGAUUUUCUUCGGCGUCCUCUUGUACCUGGGUAUUGUAUCCAUGUAUGGGCUUCAGAUGGUUGACAGGUUCAUCAUGAUGUUCAUGCCACGUAAACAUCACCCGGAUGUCGGAUACGUCAGGAAGGUGAGAACCGGCAAGAUCCAUUGCUACACUGUUAUUCAAGUACUAGCCUUGGCUUUCCUGGUCGGAAUCAAGUUAUCUCCUCUGGCACCAUCCUUUCCCUUUUUCAUUAUCUGCUUGAUUCCUCUACGCAAGCUGUUAACAAGGUUUUAUAAAGAGGAAGAACUUGAGGAGCUUGACAAUUCAGAAUCAGAAGAGGAGGACAGCGACUUUGAACUAUAAUUAGUUACAGCAUCUGCCGUAUUCUGCGUGACUGGGUGUUGCGUGACUCACUUCACGUCUCUAUCAUUACGUGACACACGAAAAUUAUUUAUUCGUCGUGAAGAAGAACGCGAUGAAGAUACAGCCUGCUAUCCAGUCAGACAGAAAGAACCUUUAAUCCACGUAACACUGAAUAAUGAUCGUACUUAACGAUCUUAAUUAUCACUGGCGAUUGCAAAAGUUUAUCUUCUGCUUUAUUGUAUAUGGAAUAUGGGUGGAACAAAAAUAAAGUGGUAUGCACAGAGGCCCACGCGAGGCGAGGAGCGCGUAUUCCCUCGCGCUUGUCCCAACCUUCAUGCACGCCUCGGGUUUGCUUCGCUAGCUCUUCCCUUAUCUUCACUCCCCUGAAAAACGCAAAACAAAAUUAUGACUGUUCUUCAACCUUAGAGCUUCAACCUUCAGCUUCAAAUAAUUUGAUAAAUUGUGACAUCUUCAUCUCUACUUGUUUACAAUUAGCAAUCAGUGAAUCCUCUACACUCACGUGACAUCUUCAAUCACUGCUCGCUUACAGUUGGCUAUCAGUGAAUUCUCAACACUUACUUGUUACUUUAUGAAUUAGUAGACAAUUUAAAGCCUUCCGGCUUUUACAUUUUUGUAGCCUUUGGUACAUCCAGGAUUUAUUCAGGUAUUCAGUUUUACUACAAUGUUACCUUAAAGCAAGAUUUUGUUGAUAAAACAGCUCUACAUGUCAAUAUUUUUUGUUAAGGUUAUAUUUUGUAAGACUUAAAGUUAUUGAACACUGUAAAAUAACUCCAAAUUAUAUUUCGUAUAUUUGCAAUAUUGGCGUACUACCGGAAAAUUGGUGUAAAAUUGUUAAUCAUGUCAUGGAAUUUUAUUUUUGGGAAUGGAAUCUUACAACAAGUAGCAUCCUUCAGCUGAUGAAUUUGUAUAUUCUCGUUGCUCGUUUGCUGGAAAAUAUGAUGAAUUUGUAAGGAGAAGUUAUUUGUAAAUCACUCCUGUGAGUGAUAGGGUUAAGCUUUGCCUUAGUCAAAGAAUUACAUUUUAAAAAAUAACAGUUAAAAAUUAAAAAGCUGACGAAUUAAAAAAAAAAGACAAACAAUACA